UCAGACUCAUCUCUUACAAAUCUCUCUAUAAAUUUUCUCUCUCUACACUUUCUCAUCUCUCUCUCUUCGAAGAAAACUUCUCCGGCCAUUUUCAACGCCGUACACCGUCUUGAAUUGCCGGUUUAUGACCAGAAAACUGUUUUCGAUCGCUGGAAUCUCGCCGGAGGAGGAAAUAAUCGAUCUUAGCUUGGAUUAUUGGAACAAGUUUUGUCGUUGAUUAGUCUGAUUUCGUUUUUCAGGUUCUUGGAUAUUUGUUUUGCAGCAUAACUGAACCUUAUCAUCAUCUGUAAGACUAAAUAGACAUUCUUUCAACAAGUCAUGGCAUCAAGAUCAUGUGCAAACUUUUCAGAUUUAGCUUCCGGGGAGCUACUGGAUAUUCCGCAAACUCCAAGAGUUCUUCCGCGUGUGAUGACCGUUCCUGGGAUUAUCUCUGACUUGGAUGGCUAUGGCUGUAAUGAUGGGGAUUCUGAUGGUGCUUCAUCUGCUUGUCGCGAGCGGAAAAUUAUAGUGGCAAACAUGUUACCUUUGCAUGCUCAAAGGGAUGAUGAAACUUCCAAAUGGUGCUUUAGUUUGGACAAGGAUGCACUUUUUUUACAUUUGAAGGAUGGUUUUUCACCUGAAACUGAAGUUAUAUAUGUGGGUUGUCUCAAGGUUGAAGUAGAUGCCAGUGAAGAGGAAGAAGUUGCUCAGAAACUGCUGGACAAUUUCAAUUGUGUGCCCACCUUUUUACCCCAUGAGCUUCAGAAAAAAUUCUAUCAUGGAUUCUGUAAACAGCAAUUAUGGCCUCUUUUCCAUUACAUGCUACCCAUGUGCCCCGAUCAUGGUGAUCGCUUUGACCGCCCACUUUGGCAGGCCUAUGUCUGUGCGAAUAAAAUAUUUGCAGAUAAGGUUAUGGAAAUUAUUAAUCCUGAGGACGAUUAUAUUUGGAUUCAUGAUUAUCAUCUCAUGGUUCUCCCUACAUUUUUGAGGAAGCGGUUUAACCGAGUCAAGCUUGGUUUCUUCCUUCACAGUCCAUUCCCUUCAUCAGAAAUUUACCGAACUCUGCCAGUUAGAGAUGAAAUUCUGAAAGGAUUGUUGAAUUGUGAUCUAAUUGGUUUUCACACAUUUGAUUAUGCUCGUCACUUCCUGUCAUGUUGCAGUAGAAUGCUGGGCCUGGACUACGAAUCUAAACGUGGUCACAUUGGGCUUGAUUAUUUUGGCCGCACAGUGUACAUCAAAAUCCUGCCUGUAGGUAUUCACAUGGGUAGACUUGAAUCUGUAUUAAAUCUUCCCUCUACAUCAAAUAAAGUCAAAGAGAUUCAGAAACAGUUUAAAGGGAAAAAGCUGAUUCUUGGUAUUGAUGACAUGGACAUAUUUAAAGGCAUCAGCUUGAAACUACUAGCCUUUGAACAGCUCUUGCAGCAGCACCCGGGCUUGCAAGGUGAACUAGUUCUGGUUCAAAUAGUUAAUCCUGCCAGGAGCACAGGGAAAGAUGUCCAAGAAGCAAAGAGGGAGACAUAUUUAACUGUCACAAGGAUUAAUGAGGUUUAUGGUUCUCCUGAGUACGAGCCAGUGAUUCUGAUUGAUCGUCCGGUUGCUCGUUCCGAAAAGUCUGCCUAUUAUGCUAUGGCAGAAUGUUGCAUAGUGAAUGCCAUAAGGGAUGGGAUGAACUUGGUCCCUUACAAGUAUGUAGUUUGCAGGCAGGGCUCCCCACAGAUAGAUGAAGCUUUGGGUAUGAAUAUGGAUUCUCCUCGCACAAGCAUGCUUGUUGUGUCUGAGUUUAUAGGUUGUUCACCUUCUUUGAGUGGAGCAAUCAGGGUUAACCCAUGGGAUAUUGAUUCUGUGGCCGAGGCUUUGAAUUUGGCAAUCUCCAUGCGUGAUUCCGAGAAGCAACUGCGGCAUGAGAAGCACUAUCGAUAUGUUAGUUCUCAUGACGUGGCUUACUGGGCUCGCAGCUUUGUGCAAGAUUUGGAGAGAGCAUGCAAAGAUCAUUAUAGUAAGCGCUGCUGGGGAAUUGGUUUAGGUCUUGGUUUUCGAGUUGUCUCACUUUCUCCUAGUUUUAGAAAAUUGUCUAUUGAACACAUAGUCUCAGCUUAUAAAAGGACAAAUAGAAGGGCAAUAUUUCUGGACUAUGAUGGUACUGUUGUUCCCCAAACCUCUAUUGUUAAAUCACCCAGCCCUGAAGUUAUUGCUGUUCUGAAUGCUUUGUGUGACGAUCCGAAGAACACUGUGUUUAUAGUUAGCGGGAGGGGAAGAAGUUCACUGAAUGAGUGGCUUGAGCCAUGUGAGAGGCUGGGAAUAGCUGCUGAACAUGGAUACUUCACAAGAUGGAGUAAGACUUCUGACUGGGAGUCCAGUCCCACAACAGACCUUUACUGGAAGGAAAUUGUGGAACCUGUGAUGAAAUUAUAUACGGAGACAACUGAUGGCUCUAACAUAGAGACUAAAGAGUGUGCUUUGGUAUGGCACCAUCAAGAUGCAGACCCAGAUUUUGGGUCCUGCCAAGCAAAGGAAUUGUUGGAUCAUUUGGAAAAUGUCCUUGCAAAUGAACCAGCAGUUGUUCGAAGAGGCCAGCAUAUUGUUGAAGUUAUGCCACAAGGAAUAAGCAAAGGAUUAGUUGCGGAGAACGUUCUCUCAACCAUGGUCAGUGAUGGGAACGCACCAGAUUUUGUAAUGUGCAUUGGAGACGAUAGAUCUGAUGAAGACAUGUUCGAGAGCAUAUUAAGCAUGGUUUCUGGUCUCUCUCUGCCUGCUCCUCCACAGAUCUUUGCCUGCACAGUUGGACAAAAGCCAAGCAAGGCCAAGUAUUAUCUUGAUGAUUCUGCUGACGUCGUGAGAUUGCUUAGAGGUCUUGCUGCUGCUUCAAGCCCAAAGCCUAGACAUACAGCCCAAUUCCAGGUUUCAUUUGAGAACGGCUUUUAAGAUUGGGCAUUAGGAGUGACUGCAGAUGUGUACAUUGUUCUGCUUUGGGGAUUUUCUUUUAAUGCCUUAUUGGACCUUGACCUUGCAGUUUUGAUCCGCUAGCAGUUCAUUUUGGCGAGAGGAGAAAGUUACAGUGAUGGUGUUGAGAUCAUAGGAGAAACAGUUUCUGGUGUAGGAAGCGAAGGCGGCGUCUUUGGGGGAAAAUUACCUUUUUUUUAGUACAGUUUUGGGGUUGUUGCGAUAAUGGCUGCCCUUAUUGAUUAGGAGGCACCAUUCUUUUGUAUAGGUACAAUGUUUUUCUCUCAUAUAUAAUGUCAUUUUGAUUUAAAGUA